AAAUGAGAAACCGUGUAAGAAAAAACAAUAUUGGACAGUUCUCCGACGAACAAAUGGAGAGAGCUGUUAAACUUAUUCUCGAAAAUAAAAUUAGCUUAAGAAGAGCAGCAGACGAAUGUAAUGUUAGUUUUGUUACAUUAUUUAGGUAUGUAAAAAAGCAAAAAGCUGCCAACGAUGAAGGAUCUAAUAUGAAAAUUCGUUUUACUCAUAAGUAUAAUUCCCGUUUAAUAUUCACUGCCGAACUAGAAAAACUUUUAUCAGAGUAUUUAUUGAUCUGUUCCAAAAUGUGCUACGGAAAAUCAACACGUGAUACACGUGAGCUGGCAAAUGAAAUGGCUAUGAUAAAUGAGAUAAAUGUACCUCCAAGCUGGCAUGUUAACUCAGCUGCUGGUUUGGACUGGCUAAGAGGUUUUUUAAAAAGAAAUACAACAUUGUCCAAAAGACAACCUGAGAAGUGUUCUCUUUCUCGCUGCACAUCAUUUUAUCGGCUACGAUAAUCUUAAAAGAAGCCUUACAACGUUCAACAAGUUUUGCAGAUGGUUCAAGGAUAUGGAAUUUAGAUGAAACUGCCACCUCUACAGUAAUAAAUAAAUCUGUCAAUAUUUUCCCUCUAGUCAUGGAGUGGACAUUUUUUUUGUAUUCUUUGCGCGGAUAUUUUCCCUCAAGUCAUUAAGCAUUUUAUUAAACAUACAUUGUCUUCAAAAGAAAACCCAACGUUACUAAUAAUGGAUAACCAUCACAGCCAUAUAUGCAUUGAAGUCAUAAAUCUAGCUAAAGAAAAUGGUGUAACAAUAGUCACACUUCCACCCCAUUGCAGUGGAAAGUUACAACCACUGGAUGUUUCAUGUUAUGCUCCAUUCAAAACAUAUUAUGCUGCUGCUGUAGAUUCUUGGCAAAAACAAAAUCCAGGAAAGGUUUUCUCAAUAUAUAACAUUGCCGGUUGUGUAAAUGAAGCACAUCAAAAAACUAUGAUACCAACAACAAUUGUCAAUGGAUUUAGGAAAACUGGAAUUUUUGCUUAUAACCGCGAUUUAUUUACUGAAGCCGACUAUAUGUCUAGUUUUGUAACUGACAGACCAGAUCCUGAACAUUCAACCGAAAUUGAUCUUACCGAUCCCCCACUACUCGCUGGUCCAUCAUCACAAUCAAAUGAAGAGCCUUCACUGCAUAAAUCCCAACAUGUUUUGCAAAACACAAGUGAAAUGAAAACAAUUGAUAAUAAAACUUUUAGAAGUCUUGCGGAAUUCAAAGCCUAGAAAGGCGAUUGGAAAUCUAAUUGAGAAUCUGAAAAAAAUCUAAUUGAGAACGCAGCAUCUGAAGCUGCUGCCAAAAAUUCUAAAAUCAGCAUUUCUAAAAGAAAAGAAGCAACAAAAAAAAUAUUUGUCCAAGAGUCCAGUGAUGAAGACGAUCCACUUGAUGAUUGGUCAGCUACUUCCUCAAGUGGAGGGUUAUUUGACCCUGAUGAUGUAGAACAGGAAAAUGCUGUAGAAUUAUCUUUUACUCCAGUAGAGUUUCUAAGAGUAAAUGAAUUUGUAUUGGUUGAAUUUACAGAUAAGAAAAAGUUUUAUUAUGUUGGCCGAGUGACUAAAGAAAAAAAUGACGAAGAUGAAGUAGAAAUUUCAUUUUUAAGAAAAAGUGCUACAGUGGCUCGAGCUUUUUCCUAUCCCCUAGUUGAAGACAUUGCAUUCGUUAAUAUUAAGGAUGUUAAAUUAAUAUUACCUAAUCCAGAAAAGAAACAAGGAUCCAAAAGAACACAAAGUUAUCUAAUUUUUGAAAUGUCAUUCUCAAAUUUAGAAGUACGUUAAUAUAUAGGUGGAUAUAGCUUUAUUUGUAAUCAUAUUAUUUCUUAAUAAAAAUUUGUGUUUUAAAGCUCA